ACCCAAUCGAUGCUGUAUUCCCAAUUUACGUAUGUAAUGGGGCCAUCGACCCAACCAGUGGGUCUGAGGGUCAGUUCCCUGCCCCCACAUGGCCCACAUCCCAGAGCUGGCCAGAGCAGAGUGGUUUUGGCAGCCUCGAGCUGCAGCUGCCACAGCCACUGAUGGCCAUCCCAACAAUCUCCUUAUCUCUGUAUGGAGAGAGGAUGGGAGCCAAGCCUGCCUUCUAUCCAGCUGAGAAGGUGAGCUCUCUGGGCAAGGACUGGCACAAGUUCUGUCUCAAGUGUGAGCGCUGCAACAAGACGCUGACCCCCGGGGGCCACGCUGAGCAUGAUGGGAAGCCUUUCUGCCACAAGCCCUGCUAUGCCACACUGUUUGGACCCAAAGGUGUGAAUAUAGGGGGCGCUGGUUCCUACAUCUACGAGAAGCCUCUGACUGAGGGCCCUCAGAUCACCGGCCCCAUCGAGGUCCCUGUGGUGCGAACCGAGGAGCGGAAGGCCAGCGGACCCCCCAAGGGUCCCAGCAAAGCCUCGAGCGUCACCACAUUCACUGGGGAACCCAAUAUGUGUCCUCGAUGCAACAAGAGGGUGUACUUUGCUGAGAAGGUGACCUCUCUGGGCAAGGACUGGCACCGGCCCUGCUUGCGCUGUGAGCGCUGCUCCAAGACACUGACCCCUGGCGGGCAUGCUGAGCAUGACGGCCAGCCCUACUGCCACAAGCCUUGCUAUGGAAUUCUCUUUGGACCCAAGGGAGUGAACACCGGUGCUGUGGGAAGCUAUAUCUAUGACAAGGACCCUGAAGGCACAGUUCAGCCCUAGAUCUGCAGAUGCUGUCCUCAGGGUCGCCUACGGGACCCUGAGGGAAAACGACCCGCUGCCUAGCCCUG